AUGACUUCCGUUCCUCAACAAUCUCAAAACCAAAGCCAGGCCUCAAACACCACUAGCGCGUCGCAGUCGACCCAGUCGUACGCUUCUACCGCAAAGAAGGCAGUCUCGUCGCCACCUAUCGCGACGAGCUCCUCGACUCCAUCACCCGCCGUGGCUGUCGGAGGUUCUGCGCCGGUACAGCAACAUGGAAAAUCAUCCUCUAUCUCGCCGGUAAACGGUAGAGCUUCGAUUCCUCCAGCUGUACCGGCAGUUUCUGCACCUGCUAUCGCCCAUAGCAAUGCUGCAGUUAAUGGUGGUUCGACUGACCACAGCCGUAAGAGUUCGGUUACAAUCAGCGCAAACGGUCCCGCAGGUUACGUGCCCAAUGGAGGUCCAGUCGGUGGUUCCAGAAGUGGUAUUCGAUUUGGAGCAUUAAUGGAUUCUCCUGCCGCUUCUCACAGCAUCCCACAAAUCUCUCAACCCGCCUCGGAACCAAUUCCAAUUCCCGGAAACAACCCAAGAGUAGUUUCGCCAGCAACCUCGCCAUCUCCUAUUCCUCAGCCAACUGCAAGUGGUGGAAGACCCCCAUCCGGAAUUUCUCAACAAGGAAACAUGACUUUUGGUAGUUUAGGCAACGAUGGUGAUCGACACAUGCGACAAGCAGUCUCCCAAGGACCUUUAGCACCUAACAGUCAAGCAGGCGGUCACCUUCGUCGUGAAUCAUCGCAUUCGGCACAAAGUGACAACAAUCAAGGCCCAGGAGCUGGACGUGGUGGCUAUCAACAAGGUGGUGGUCGUGGACGUGGUGGAUUCAACCAACAAUAUACAGGUCAUACUGGUUUCCCUCCACCAAACCCACCACAAUUCAGAAACAACCAAAAUGCCGGACGUGGUGGCAUGCCUCCUUUCCAAAACCAAGGUCGCCCACAGUACCAAAAUUCUCCACACCAAGCCGCUCGAAGCCCAGCCCUUUCGAACUCCAUUCCCGGCACUCCUAACAUGAACCAAGCGAUGCCCAUGCAAAGUCCACAACCAUUCAACGCUCAUGCUUACUAUCAGCCAUCUCACAUGGGAGCUCCUCAAGUACAACAAGGCUAUCAAUACCCGGUAAACCAAUGCCCUUCUUACUCCAGCGAUUCUUUCUCUUGUCCAACGUUCAAUCGAGGCGGCGGUGGUGCUGGUAGUAGAGGCAAGAAGUGGUCUGAUAAGUCUUCAGCCCAACAUUACCGAAAGCCUUCAACAGAACUUUUUGGUCACAGCUUCACUACCUACCAUGAACAGCCGUUCCCCCGUGGAAGUAACGGUCAAGGUAUUGCCAGAAAUAGAAAAGGAUCCAUGCAGUCGGAGCACCAGGAGAAUGGCUUUCCUGUUUCCAACCAACAGUUGAAUUUGCCCUCACCUCCAGCCAAGGAUUCAGUUAUUCCGAAGAAACCUGCAGAUCUAAGUUCUACGGACCCAAGCCUCCCCCCUCUCCCUUCUGCUACUCCCUAUUUCAACGUUUCUUCUAAUGUUUCAAAUAUUGAUUUCUCGCCAGCUUCUGGCAACUUUGACAAAUUUCUAACAGGUACACAGACUCAUCCCUACGGUCCUUACCCCGGUAUGCCUUUAAUGGGUGGCCCUCCAACUUUCCAAUAUCCUCAAGCUGGUUACAUGCACUCCGUUCCACCCCAAUCACCGCAACCAGGCUACAACCAACCAUAUAUCGCUGGUCAGUAUACACAACAGGCACCACAACCUAUGUCCCGCAAUUCGUCUCAAAUGUCUGAACAUCGACCAGCUUCUAGCAUGGGCCAAACCCAAGUUUCUAUGAUCGCACCGACCACUUCACAUACACCUCAGCCAAAGCCUGUUGCUCAAAACACCUUCUCUAGACCAACCCGCAAGAGCGCUGCUAUUGUCAUUAAGAGACCUGACGGUGAUGUCUUGAAUGUUGACGCAAUCAAGGCACCUGCUUCUCCAGCUCCUAGCAACAGAACUAGAACACCACCUGUCAUUGCUUCUUCUACACCAACACCUCCACCAAAGUCCGCUACUCCUCAACAUGCUCGCACUGAUAGCUUGGCUACCAAGUCUGCUGAAGAGAUUCGUCAAGAGAUGCAAGAAAAGGUCAAGAAAAUGGCAGCAGGUGACAAGGUCGACGAGGGCAAGAAUGAGGAGGCUGCUAAGGCUGCUGAAGCCGCCGCCGCCGCUGAAGCCAAAUUGAAGGAAGAAGCCAAGGCCGCCGAAGAAGCCAAGGCAAAGGAAGAAGCAGACGCGAAAGCUGCUGCCGAGAAGGCCCAAAAGGAAGCUGACGAGGAGUUGGAGCGACAAAUUGCCGAGAUGGAGGCAGCUGAAGCUGAACGAGAGAAGAAAGAAGCCGAACUUCUCGAGAAGCGUAACGCCGAGAAAGCAAGACUCGCCGCCGAGAAAGCUGAAGCCGACAAGGCCAAUGCAGCAGAAAAUGACCGCAAACUCAAGGAGCAGGAGCGCGAGAUGGAGCGCCUCGAAGAUGAAAAGGAGAAGAAGAGAGCCGAGGCGGAAGCCAAGGCCAAAGGUGGCGAUGCUAAGAAGGAUGAGGAGACCCCAGAUACUCUCGCUACAAAGCUUUCAAAGGCUACCCUCGAAACCGACAGCGGUGCAUCAACUCCUACUUCUGAUGACUCCAUGGGUCCACCUCCUAAGACACUUGCUGCCGAAAAGCGAGGCAAGCCUGCUGCGCUUAACCUUGCACCCCUUAACACCAAGCCUGUUGAGCCACCUCAACCUAGUGCAGCUCUCCAGUCGCUCAAGUCUGCCCGUUUCUUGGCUGUUCUUGACUCCUCUAUCUAUCCACCCAACAUCAAUUCGCCAAACCCUGCUUUGAACUCUGCCGCCAAUGCCAAGGGCAAGACCUUCAAAUACGACAAAGAAUUCUUGCUCCAAUUCCAAAAGGUAUUCACCGAGAAGCCAUCCAUGGAGUUCGAGUCACAAAUCAAGGCCCUCAUCGGAGAUGAUCCAAGCUCUGCCAGACCUGGUGGAUCACAGAGAACACCUGGUGGUAUGGGUCCUCGAGGAUCAAACCGUGGUGGCGGAAAUGCUGUUGGUCAAUUCACUAUGGGUCAAUUUGGUGCUCAAGGCGGAAAGACCCUUCCACCAGGCACUACAAGCGAAAUGCGUUUUGCUAUGUCUCAAGGCAAUAUGGCACGACCAGCUAUCAACAACCCUAUGGCUUCAUUCCAACGUCCCGGUGGAGCUUUCCCCGGUGGUUCUAUGCAACGAACCAACUCUACCAACUCUAUGCCACACUCCCCACGUCAAGCAAGCAGAUCCACUCGUGGUGGUAGCAAGCGUGAAGGUGGUUACCAAGGCAGUAACGCCAAGCAAGAGGCCCAAGCCGCAGCAAAGAUGCCUCUUACCAGCGGUAUGGAGAUCAAGCCCAUUCAAAUUUCUUCCACUGGUUGGAAACCACGCAGUGUCGGUCAAACUCAAACAGCUACUGGUGCUGCUGGACCUACACCUGGUGCCACUCCAGGCGCUGGCCACAUGGAUCCUGACAUGGUCCAAAGAAAGGUCAAGGCAGCUUUGAACAAGAUGACUCCUGAGAAGUUCGACAAGAUCGCCGACCAAAUCUUGGCUAUUGCUGCACAGUCUAGAGACGAAGCAGAUGGCCGCACAUUGAGACAGGUCAUCCAACUUACUUUCGAGAAGGCCACUGACGAAGCCCACUGGGCUUCCAUGUAUGCCAAGUUCUGUAAGCGUAUGUUAGAGACCAUGAGCCCUGACAUCAAGGAUGAGAGCAUCGUCGACAAGAAUGGAAACAUCGUCUCUGGUGGUAACCUUUUCCGAAAAUACUUGCUCAAUAGAUGUCAAGAAGAAUUCGAGAGAGGUUGGAAGAUUGACUUGCCAGAGAAGCCCGAGGGUGAACGCGAGGAUGCCAAGACUGAAGAAGCUGCUAUGCUCUCAGACGAGUAUUAUAUCGCUGCUGCUGCCAAGAGACGUGGUCUUGGUCUUGUUCAAUUCAUUGGUGAGUUGUACAAGCUUAGUAUGCUUACAGAGCGUAUCAUGCACGAGUGUGUCAAGAAACUCGUGGACUACAAUGGUCUUCCUGACGAAGCUGAGAUUGAGUCUCUGACCAAACUCCUCAAGACCAUUGGUCUUAACCUUGACAGCACCGAGAAGGGUAGACCAUUGAUGGAUGUAUACUUCGCUCGUAUUAAUGCCAUGAUGGAGCAACCUGAGUUACCAAGUCGUCUCAAGUUCAUGCUUAUGGACAUUGUCGAUCUUCGUAAGAAGGGAUGGGCUUCAAAGGAAGCAAACAAGGGUCCUCAGACACUUGAUGAAGUCAGAGCUGCGGCCGAGGCUGCUGCUGCUGCAAAGGCUGCCGAGAACUCUAGGAGUCAAAGAGGUGGUGGUGGAGGACGCAUGCCAAUGGGUCGUGGUGACGGAAGAAACUUCUCUGGUGGAUAUGGUAACCAACCUCCUCCUGAUUACCAGAAGAACACUGUUGGUAUGGAUGACCUUCGUCGUCUCACAAACAAGGGUGGUGCAAGCCGAAACACCAAUGCACAGAUGUCAUUCGGACCAUCAUCUAUGUUUUCUUCAAGAAGCAACAGUGGCCGAAAGAUGGGACCAGGAGGUUCCUUGGGCAGAACAGGUGAAGACUCUGGAGCUUCUUCAAGAACAGGCACACCCCCACAAGACAAGGAUAGGAAAUCAGCUACUUCCGCAAAUGCGUUUAGUCUACUAGCAGGAUUAGGAUCCGGCGAGACAGAGAAUCCAGCAUCUCCUCCUUCUACUCACACUUCUCCAGUAUUGUCGAAGUCCACAGCAGCUUCUGACAAGAAGGAGGGUGAUGCUUGA